GAAAAUCGCGCCCCUGUGGUGUAAAACACACCAAAUAUAUCAAAUAUAGAAUUUCGUUUAAAAAAUAAAGAGACAUACGGAUAUACAGUGAGCUAUUGUGACAAAUAUACGAGUUAGGGCGUGAAAGCGAGCUUACGCUUGCUACGUGCAGGCUUUGACGUCACACGGUGGGUGUGGAAAGAGUCAACAUCAACAAAAGGAAAAGGACUGAGGAAACAAACACAGGUACCAGAAGGUCGCGGAUUGAAAAAUGUCCAUCUAACAUUUUAGAUCUUUGUAGAUCCCAAACAAGAUCGAGUCUUACCAUGGAGGCCUUCAAGCUGAUGAAGGAACUGAAGGUCAAUCUUGAGCAGGAAAUCCACUUUUUGCCCAAAGAGUCGGGGCUCCGCUUGAUCGAGUCCAACCCAGAGCAGGGAAAUGGAAUUUCAGCACAAUGCCGCAAUGCCAAAGUGGAGGAUCUAUGGAGCUUGACCAGUUUCUUCGGCUACAGUACACAGACUUUUGUCCUGGCUGUUAAUCUGCUGGACCGGUUCCUAGCCAUGAUGAAGGUUCAGCCCAAACAUCUGGACUGCAUCAGCAUCAGCUGCCUGCACAUCGCUGCCAACGUGAUGGAGGAUGAGUGUAACGUGUCGUCCACGCACGAGCUGAUCCGUAUCAGCCAGUGCAAGUUUACCGUUUCUGAUCUUGCACGGAUGGAAAAAAUCAUCUCAGAGAAGCUCAACUUCCAGUUCCGAGCUGUGACUGCCUUAACCUUCCUGCACCUGUACCACGCACUAGCAAUGGCACAUACCUCAAGCAGGAAUGAGGUGCUGAAUCUAGACAAGUUGGAAGCCCAGCUUAAAGCCUGCCUUUGCCGCAUUGUUUUUUCCAAAGCAAAACCAUCAGUGCUAGCCUUGUCGCUCCUAACACAGGAGAUCGAAGCCUCGCAGACGCCUGACCUGCUUGAAAUCGUCCAGUCUAUUCAGAGACAUUUAAGGAUCUCAGAGAAAGAACUGCAACGCUGGAGAGGCCUAGUGGCCCAGUGCCUGGCACAGUACUCCUCGCCUGCUUGCUCCAAGCCCAACCACAAAAAACUGGUGUGGAUCGUGUCCCGUCGCACAGCCCAGAACCUGCACAGCAGCUACUGCGGUGCUCCCGAGCUGCCGACGAUACCCGAGGACAGCUGGAGCGGAAGCGAAGAGGACUGGACUGAAGAGCUCAGCUCCGGCGAGGAGUCGCUCAGCAGUUCCCUGGGCAGCGACGCAGAGGGGCCUUACUUUCCUGCUCACUUCUCACUGCGCAAGAAGUAGGCCAACCGAACCUGCCAGCUAUUCAGAGGCUGCCUCGAAAUACUCUAGCUUCCAUAGUGAUGUCAAACACCCGGACCUCUACAGAUCAAACAGCCACGGUGCCUGGGUCUCACACAAGACGUUGCUCAUGACGGCCUGUUUAUUUUAGUUUCUCUAUUAAUACUGAUUCUUCUCUUCAUUUUCUUGAACGGUUUUUAAGCUAAAAAAAAUUGCACAAGACAGGCAGCUAAAAUUUACACCAGAUAUAUUUCUGGGGGGGAAAAUUUUUUUUUUUGUAGCCAUUGUGUAUUAUUUAGUCAUUGUUGAUGCAUGUCGAAGUCUGCCACAUUCCAAACGAUGCAACCAAGACAUUCAAAAAAGAUCUGUGAGACUUAUGUACGACUGUUGAAUUCUGGGACGAUUGGAUGGAUGAGUGGCAGCAGGAGCCAUACAGUAUUUUGAGUGUGUUCAGUUUAAAACAGCCAGGCUUUAAUUGGUUUUGUGGUGUGUAUGCACUGGUUUGUAAUCCUUACACUUGCCUGUUUAGGUUAGAUUAGCCAAAUUAGCCAAAGUAAGUGUCUGUGUGAAGGAAUGAAUAAGUGUGUGUGUCAGAAAAUGUGAGAAAAUGUCAAUAUAAAAAAAUGUAAAUUUGUAUAAUGUAAAAAAUGAAAAAAAGAUAUGUAUAGUACUUUGUAGAUAUUAACUUAUUUAUUGUUAUUUUUGUCAUUAUAUGGAAGAAAAAAACCAAUAUUUUCAA